AUGGAUGAAGCUCAGGGAUGUGCCAGGGUAAAAGUUCAGUAUGGAGACAGCGACCAAAGCAUUGAGCUAAAAGAUGGGUAUGGUGUAUUUGGAGGAGGUUGGGAAAGACCUGCAAAUGUGUUCACCGCAGCUGAGUCUUUCAAUAAACAACUGAAGAGAAAGGCAACAACUAGACACAGUCAAAGUCCUGGAGGGUAUGGUGAAGAAAGUUCUGCUCAAGCUGAAGCUCGCGCUCGUGCUGAUACGAAGAUAAAGAUGGAGAGAUUCUUGAAAAUUUGGAGUUGGAUGAAAGAAAUCUUGGGCAUAAAAGUUAACUAG